GCUCGUUUUGUCGUGAUUUUCUCUUGAAUUCUUAAGACUUCUGUAGCUAAACGAAAAGAAAUACUUUCUUUUUUUCCUUUUUCUUUGAAGUGUGAACUUUAAUAUUUGCAUCUUUCGUCAAUGGCUGUUUCUGGAUUCGAAGGAUUUGAGAAGAGGCUUGAGUUAAACUUCUCCCACGAUGAUCCGGCGAUAGGGAUAGGUUUCCGGCAGCUGGAUUUUCAGUCUCUUGAGAAAGUGUUGCAUGCAGUGCAGUGCACAGUAGUAUCAGCACUUGGAAAUCAGUAUUUUGAUUCUUAUGUUUUAUCUGAAUCUAGCCUGUUUGUAUACCCUACAAAGAUCAUUAUCAAAACAUGUGGGACCACCCAGUUGUUGAAAUCCAUCCCUCCAUUGCUACAUCAUGCUGCUUCAAUGGACCUUAACAUCUGUGCAUGCAGAUAUACCAGAGGAAAUUUCAUUUUCCCUGAAGAACAACCUUAUCCACAUACAAGUUUUGAAGAAGAAAUUGUUUAUUUGGAAGAGAAUUUGCCUGAAAAUCUUUGCUGUAGAAAGGCUUCUGUGAUGCCUUCAAAGUUAUCUUCUCACUCAUGGCAUGUAUUUUCAGCUUGUGACCAGUCUAAAAUGGUGCUGCACAAGAGCCCAUAUGAUGAUCAGCUCUAUACUUUGGAAGUUUGCAUGACUGGGCUGGAUAAGGUCCUGGCCCGGAAGUUUUUCCGAUGUCCAAAUAGUGGUAAAACCGGAGAUUCUGUCGGAAAAGAGAUGUCGGAAUCAAGCCGUGUAUGUGACAUCAACCCUAAUGCACUAAUUUGUGAAUUUGCAUUUGAUACUUGUGGGUAUUCAAUGAAUGGCAUUGAUGGUGAUCGUUAUUCAACAAUCCAUGUUACGCCAGAGGAUGGAUUUAGUUACGCAAGCUUUGAGUGUGUGGCUUCAAUUUACGACGAUAUUGUGGAGGUGUUGAACAAGGCGGUGCAAGUUUUUCGGCCAGCGACUGUGUCAGUGGCAACCACAUGCACCAACCGUGAAGUGUGGAUAUUUGCAUGGAACUUUAUUUUCAAAACGUCCAUCAUCUACACCACUCACCAGAUGUAA